CCAGGUUAAAUACCCCCCAUGGUCUGUCACCACCAUCUUCUAUUCGCUACUCAUCGAACAGACUUUCAUCCCGCACCGUUCCCUCUUGAGCCUUGUGAAGUGCUAAAUCUGGACACUCUCUUGUUUUGACUUCCACCUGCAUACCCAUUUUACAUACCGUGUGUCUGACACUGUGACAUCCCUUUCACAACACAGACCCCUUUCACAAGACAGACCCCUUUCGCCAUCGUAUUGGGAAUGACGGUCACCACUUCUCAUUUCGCCGAUGGCUUCCAGCCUCACCCCCGAGUCAACGAAGCAUUGCCGCCCAUCCAGUCCCUCACGCACGACCUCAUUCGUUGCCCCAGCUGCAGUCACAUGUGCAGUGAUCGAACACAGUUACAGCGACACCUGACACAGAGUGGCUGCCAAGGACCAUUGCAAGCACAAUCACAGCGUCCGGAACAACGAGGUCUCCGGCAUGACUCGAUGCACUCCAUCCACUCGGUGGCCCAUUCGCCCAGAAGCUGGGCAGCCAUCCCCGAUCAGCUCCACAAUCAGCUCCCAUCGUCUUCGUCGUCUGCGGCAUCUGAUAGUGACGGCAUAUGUUACACGCCCGACGUGAGUCGAGCCUCGUCCGUGAGCCAUGAUGUGAAUGGCUCUCGUCGGACUUCUCACGUGGACGUCACAGCAUCCAAGCGACCGCGUCGGCAGCCGACCGGUUCCCCCGUCUUGAAAAGAAACAAGAAAGCCAAGAAGACGGAGAAGGAGCAACUGAACCGCAGCAACCAAGGCGCCGUCAUGUUCCGCAUGGAAGAUAGUCUGGCGCACAACAUCCGCUGGUCCAAAGACGAGCAAAGCGGCGGCAACGGCAACAGUGCCGGACUCUUCUCCAACAAAAUCAACUUACUCCGGACCUGGGAAGCAGUCACCAACCAUGCACUCCAUAAAGCCCGCUGCGAUGCCAUCCGAUCCGGAACUCUAGCCGACUUUGAACGCGAAUAUCAAGCCGUUGCCGAUGGCGCCUGCGAGGAAACGUAUCAGCCUUAUGCCGGUACUUUUCUCCAACUCGCACCCGGUGAGACGCUCUGUCGCCACGAGGACACCAAGUCGAAAGAGUGUUCGGAGCAUAAUAACCCCGAUUGGCGCGACUGUCGCAAAGGUCGUGCUGAUGUGAGGUUUAGUCGGAAUGAAAACUCUUACCUUGCAGCUUUGGGCAUUACGAAGCAGCAAGCACUCUAUGGUGGUUCUCGUGCUGCUGCUGUUGCACUACCUACCAUAUAUGGUGGUUGUGGGGGGCCGCCCCAACAGCAACAGCAACUUCACCACGCGAGGAACUGAAACAUCGGACCCUGUCCCUGUUCCUUUCUUUUUUUUUUCUCUCGGAUCUUCGUGCGUGUCACAACAGUUAUUACAGCGUUGUUUUGUUGUCUGUUUAUUUUUUUUUUCUUGGUUCUGGGGUUUUUCUGGUUUUGUUAGCGUUUGAGCAAGCGAGUAGUACCUUAGUACCCCCACCCAACCCAACCCAACCCAACCAUUUGUAUCUCUCAUUACACAUUACACAUCAUACAUCACACACCCUGUCGUCGGAGAGCAGAGAGCAAGCGAUGCAGCAAGCAAACAAACAAGCGAUACAUUGCAUUUCCACCCCAAAUUCUCCUGGUCAGAAGAGAGGAGAGGAGAGGAGAUGAGGAGAGAAAGAGUUUGUGAUUGAUCACAAAAAGACAAAAAAAAAGAAGAGAGAAAAAAAACCCCCCUCCAAGAAAGAAGAAUCCCGGAGCUGCAAGCGAACAAGCGAUGUCUGAUACUGAUGAGUCGAGCAAGUAAUCAAGAGUUGGGACCGGGUGGGUGCAGGUGCAGGUGUGGGGUGAUGGGAUGGGGGGGAUCUGUCUACCUAGGUAUCUAUCCUAGGAGGUACAUGUACAUGUACUGUACCCAAAGGUCCGUUGAGAGCGAGCACCUUUUUUUGGCGGGGAAGCUUUUUGCUUUUUUUUCUUGGAUCGCGUGGGGGAACUUGCAGCAGCAGCAGAAGAAGAAAAGUGUUUUGGUUCUUUUUAUAUCUUUUUUUUUUGGAGGGGGCGUUUUUGGUACUGCUGCUGCUGAUGGGUUCUACUUAGCUCUCUUCCUCUCUCUUUCUCUUUCUUUCGCGGGCGGGCGAGUUUGGAAGAGGGAUUGGAAGAGAAGAAAGAAAGGAGAGAAAGGCAGUAUAAGGUAUAUUUCCUAACGACUGUUUCUCCGGCCUCGGAAGGAGAAAAGAGAAGGAGAGAGAAGGAGAGAAGGAGACGAGGACAAAUGGAGAAGUCGGAAGAAAAAGUAUUGGUUUUUUUGUAUUUAUAUAUUUAUAUAUAUAUAUAUUAUUUAGUUGUAUUUAGUUGUUGUGUUGAUAGAGAGAAGAGGAAACGGAGGAGGCAAGAGAGGAGACGAAUAGGGAGGAGAGAGAAAAGAGAGGAAGAGGAGACGGAUAGGGAGAGGAAGAUAAAGAAGAAAAAGGCAAGGAAACGAAAAACAAAAACAAUAUAUAUUUUACGACAAAAAGACUUAAAUAACGACGAGAUGAGAAUCGAGAUAACUGAUAAGGAAUUGAGGAUCAAUGAAUUAUUAUUUUAGUAUUUGGUAUUGUUCAAUCUACCUUUGGAUACCUUAAGUACCUUAAGUAGGUAUUUUGAGAGAGAGAGAGAGAGAGAGAGAGAGAGAGAGAGAGAGAGAGAGAGAGAGAGAGAGAGAGAGAGAGAGAGAGAG